CAGCAAAGAUCCUAUAGGAUCUUUGGUGUUCAGUACGUGGCCCACACGGGAGGAGGGGUUUGCGGCCGCCUGAGUGAGCUCCGCUUCUCUCAGUCUUCCUGUUGUUGGCCCGGGCGCCGCUUAGUCCAGGGAGCCGGGACACCUACCUGUACACGGGGGAUGGCUCAACCCAAAGCUGCGCGGUUCAGCGACGCGGCCGUGGAGAUCUUGUUGGAGCAGGUGAAGGCCCGCAGGGAGGUCUUCUUCCCCGCGGAUGGGAGGCCGCUGCUACGGCACACCCUUCGCCAGGCUUGGAAGGAGCUGGCUCUCAGCGUGAACGCCCGCAGCCACAGCCCCAGAACAGGAGAGCAGUGUCGCCAGAAGUUCAACGACCUGACUCGGACGGCCAGGGACAAGCUGGCACACAGAAAAAGGGAGAGGAGCUGUGUUCUUCCAUUGAGCCGGGUGGAGCAUGAAGCCCUGGACCUUUGGAGAGCCGGGAGGAGGAGAUUGGAGAAGCAGCCAGCUGGAGAUCAGCCCCCACGGGGUUCAUCCCAGGAUUGGGGUCAUGCCGGACGAGAGAUUGAGGAAAUGCAGCUCCCAAGAGGUACAGCAGCCACCACAAUCCAGCAUUCGGUGCCAGGAGCUGGCGGCGAAAGCGUAGGACUGUCAAUUGGCUUAACACCGAGCGAGUCGCUGGAUGAGGACGAGCAGGAGCCGCCUGCUGUGGGCUGGACAGAGCGAGAGGGGGGUGGCCGGAGUGGAGGGCUGGCAUUUGGGGCGGGUGAGUACGGAGAGCUCGGCAGCCCAGCCUUCAGACGCAGGGUCUUCCACCUGCACCACCAGCUACUGGAGGCUGUGGACAGCCUAUCCAGCAGCUGCUUGGCCAUGUCCAGGGGCACGGAGUCCACCCCCACCCUGGCACACCUCCUGCUCCGGACCCUAUCCAGCUUGCAGGAUGUGACCCAGCGGGUGCCCAGUUGUGUGAGCUCUGCUUGGACCACGUCUGCCCCAGAGCCCGAGGCACCUGCGUUGGCACCGUUGAUCCAAGCUCAGCGGGCUGCCCUCCAGGGUCUGGUCUGCAGCGUCUCCAUCGGCCUGGACCAGUUGUGGGAUCGGCUGGACGGGGGCUUCAGCCGAGUCACAGGGUCCUGUAAUCCAUCCCCCCAUGGGGCAGCAACGGGGGGACAGAGCGUGGGAGAGCCGUGCAUAAGCAGACCGGGCUGCACAGGAGCUGCGGCAACCCAGGGAAGUGACUGACCCCAAGGGCCCAGACUGAAAGACCCCGUGGCACUGGGUCAGUGACUGUCACCCCCAUUGGGACAUCCCAUUGAUUUUGAUCAGUGAUGUCCCGGGCAGAACUAUAGGCGCUCAGCGCUGUGCAUUGAGUAGAUACAACUCAGACUCUGAUGGGAGACCGCAAAGCGUCAGUGACUGAUGCUGAAUCCUGGGAAUAUCUCGUGGGGUUUCAACGGCGCAGCAAGCGUGAGUAUGCUUGAUCUCAGGAUCUGUGUAGGGGAUUGGAAUGUGCUGCCUAUGGAACUGUGACUUGCUGUUGCUGAGGUAGCUUCAUUAUUGAGAAUAAAUACCAGAGAC